UUCCAGGUGUCCGUCCAAAAGAUCAAACUCGCCAGUCGCCUGUAGAAGAAGGGGUGCAGGGUUGUGUCGGCCAGAAAUCAAAGAUGGAGGCUGCUGCCAAGCAACAGAAGCAUUUUGUUCUAGUUCACGGAGCAUGCCACGGCGCCUGGUGCUGGUACAAGCUCAAACCGCUGCUCGAGUCCGGCGGCCACAGGGUGACGGCGGUGGACCUGUUGGCUUCUGGCGUGAACACCGCCGCGAAGAGCAUACAAGAGGUGAGGUCACUUUACGAGUACAGCCUACCGUUGCUGGAGACCUUGAAGUUGCUCCCCGAAGGCGAGAAGGUGAUACUGGUAGGGCACAGCCUCGGUGGCCUCAGCCUGGCUCUUGCCAUGGACAAGUUCCCCGACAAGAUUGCAGUCGCCGUUUUCCUCACGGCGUUCAUGCCGGAUAGCCUCCACAAGCCCUCCUACGUUCUGGAGCAGUUCUGGAAGAGGACAUCGCCAGAGAUAUGGUUGGACACUAAGUUUGAAAGCUAUGGAACUCCAGAAAAGCCUCUUACAUCAAUGUUCUUUGGUCCCAAGUGCCUGGCUUCUAGCCUGUACCAACUCUGCUCCAUUGAAGAUCUGACGCUAGCGAAGAUGUUGGUAAGGCCAGGAUCUUUGUUUCUGGAGGAUUUGGCAAGUUCUAAUAACUUGUCGACUGAAGGCUUUGGAUCAGUGAGGCGGGUUUUUGUUGUGUGCGACGAGGAUAAAGCUAUAACUCCAGAGUUCCAACUCUGGAUGAUCGAUAACACUGGGUCCUCGGUCGAGGUCAAGGAAAUUAAGGGUGCAGAUCAUAUGCCAAUGCUAUGCAAGCCUCGAGAACUAUGCGAUUGUCUCUUGGAGAUUGCUACUGAGCACAGCUAAGCUGAUUAAGUUUGCUUUUUCUGAACAAGAAAUAAGCUGUAAAAGCAUAGAUAAAUUAUGUUGUGUGUUUAUAUAAGAAUGAAAGCCGGCCGGCCGUCGGUGGGCUUGCAGUAAAAGCGUAAGUUUCAUUUGGAACAAUUUAAAAUGAAAAGCGUCAGUUUCAUUUGGAACAAUUUAAAAUGAAAUGCGUCAGUUUCAUUUGGAACAAUUUAAAAAUGAUUCUUAUUUAGCCUCACCCCAAGAAAUUAAUACAUAUAGAAAAGGGAAAGUUUAGUGAGAUCAAAAGGGUCACACUCGAUGAUUUUAUUUGGAAGUCAGAAAGAUUUGUUUUUUGGCCCACGCGUGGCAAUUUCCUACUGACAAAAUCGGCUCCUGAUAGGACACGUAGGAACCUAGUCUAGCAGUCGCUCUCUACUUGAGACUCAAGCCAUCAACCAGUGGCUCUAACAACUAACAUAGUCCCAAAAGGGCAGAAGAAUCUCCUGCUUUAAAUCCUUGGUCCUGCUCAGGUCCCAGGUUUAUCUCCAAGGACAGCUCCACCUCAAAUUCAAUAACAAGUCCCAAGUAGAGAGCCACUGGAUUGGAACUGAUCAAGACCAAGUAUCCGUCAAGGCACAUCUGCCUCAACUAAUAGAGAUUGGAUGCAUAUGCCCUACCAACACAGUGUCGAAGGUCAUCCAACCAAACUCGUUUCCAGAGUUUGUUCAGACUCAGUCUUGUACAGGCCUAAUAGGCUCCUGCUAGGAGCUCUUGGCCCUUUGCCCUUGUCCUCUUGCUCUCUCUUACUGUCUAGCUGAGACU